UCUAUUUGCUAUCUAUUUUUUAUUGGUAAAAAAUUAUCCUUUUAGGGGUUUAUUUCAGUAGGUUAUGUUGAAAGUAGCAUUCCAGUGGACCACUAACCUCAAAACUCAGGACAUCACAGGAUUUUUUUUUUUUUUUACAAGUUACAACUAAACAAAUUAUCUGGAACAUACACUGCUGUUUUUCUGUAGAUGAAUAGUAAAGGUGUUUCCAUUGCAAUAAUGAUACCGUAAAAAGGUUUGAAAAACACUGUGUCUUUUUUUUUUUUAUGCAAACAAUUCAAAGUUUUCCUUUUUUUUUUUAACUGCUGUAUCCAAUACUAUGUUCCAAAGGCCACCCUUGCUACCUGAAGAACUGAGGAGCAAAGUAGGAGUAAUCUCUAAUAGUAAACUAUGUGAAAUGGGUGCUAUACCUUUGAUGUUUAUUCUGACGUGUGUGUAUCCAGUAGGGCUAUACCACCUAACAAAUGAGGGCAUUCAGAUUGUUGCUUUCAUUAACUUAACAGCUUUGGUAUGAGUCCUGAUGCUGCUGGAUUUUUUUAAUUUUUUUUUUAUGCUGAUGGAGCAGCUUGGUUUUACCUUGAAUUAAAAGGGAGGAGUCAGGCUGGAAGCUGUAAUCUUGAAAUACUUCUGCAUUAACGUAAUCAUCGAAGCCUGCUUGCAGUCCAUAGAACCAAAAGGUUGAUUGGGAAAAAAAAAUAGUAAAUCGAUUUAGCAUUGAUUCUCUAAGUCAACCUGGUUUGCCUUUUUGCAGAUGGUAGUGGCUCAGUGGCUAAGAUGCUGAGUUUGUCGAUCAGAAACGUCAGCGGUUCGAGUUCCUAGUGCCCUGUAACGGGGUGAGCUCCCGUUACUUGUCCCAGCUUCAGCCAACCUAGCAGUUCGAAAGCACAUAAAAAAAUGCAAGUAGAAAAAUAGGGACCACCUUUGGUGCUGCAAUGGAUCUUCACUGGCAGAAUGCAAUUGUUCGACUUACCAAUUAUUAUUGGUAUACCAAUUAUUAAGUUUGCUGCUUGGAUGUUGUGCCAAUCUUGCUUAGGGAAUCUUUCCAAAGGAGAAAAGCAACCUGCUCAUUCACAUACCUAUAUAUUUAGAAGAGGGGUACACAGGGCCUGCCAGGAACUGUUGCAUUCCAAGUCCCAUCAUCCUGAAACCACAUGGCCAGUGAUCAAAGGCGAAGAGUGUUGUUAUCCCUUACCUCUUUGUAGGAGUUGGUUGUGAAUUACUUCAUUGAAUAGGUAGCAAACUUGAAGAAAUCUUUCAAAGCUUCAUUUGGCAAUACAAUUGCUUACUUGGAAAAAAAACCAGUCUAUUUUGCAAAGGUGGGUAGUAUAACCUUCAGGGCUCAUGGAAUUUUUUUUUAUCCCUUUUCUCCACCCACCCAUGUAUAGAAUAGUUCAUACAUGGAGCAAUUAGCAUAACUAAUUGCCAUUCUCACUGCAGCCUUCGCUGCCUUCUGCAAAAAUAUUAAGGCUGGUUCCAGCCACCCAGAUCUUAUCCUUCCUGUCGUGGUUUUAGCCUUACGUUGAAUAAGUCCACAAAGAAUUCUAGUUAAUAUAAGUCCAUGUGCUGGAUACAUGCCAAGCUAAGCCACGGGUUGCUCUGUGCUACUUUGCUGAAUGUUUUUUAGGGUUCAGAUUUUUCACAUUUUGCAAACUAUAUUAAGUUCACAUAACAUAUUUAACCACGUAUAGCUUAGCAUCCUGGAUCUGUUACAUUAUCUGAAGAACUAUUGCGACUUGUACUUGAUAUAGUUUUUGUGAUUUCUGCCCAAUUUUUCCAGGAAUGCAGACUGCCUUAAAUUUAUCAUCUUUUGUUAGAACUACUAUAAAAUUGGGUGCAUUGCAUAGUAAAUGACAUGAUUCAUGCACUUAUGGAUUCUGGUCUAUUUGGAGAUCACUUCAAUUUUUUUUUUAUUUUCUUUUUUGGUUAAGUUAACAAACUCCAAUUUUAAUUACUCAUUUUAUUGGAAAUUUGGAGGCGGAGCCCUUGUCUACUGCUACUAUGGCCCAGUGACCUUAAGUUUAUGAUGAAAGUUUCCCUGACGAGCUGUUUCCUAUAAGUGAAGCAUGGUGUUUUAAAGUUUAAUAGAGCAAUUGGAAUGGGCUGGGACACCAAAUUGGUGGGAGGUUCCCUUGUGGAGUAUCAGGGUGAUUAUUCACAGACAUCCAGAGAAGUGUUAAGAACUGAAGGAAGAUGGAAUGGAAGCAAGCAGAGGGGAGAAGAACCUGGUGAGAAGGAGACAGGAGAAAGGAGGAAAGAUGGAAUAGAAGCAGCAAGGCUUCAAGAAAACUAGGACAGUGGGAGAACAGGAAGAAAUUAGGAGAAUGGAAGUCAUUGUGAAGUGGAACUAAAAAGAGACUGAAGAUAAAGAAGAAACCAAUACACUUUGGAGCUUUCAAGUUUGCCGUGGGGUAGAGGUGGACUUCAUGAGUGCACAAGAGUGGAUAUCUUUCCUUGAUCUUUGGUUUACUAAAGGAAGAAGGUCUGCAGAGUGAGAAGGAUUUCUUCGCUCAAGACUAAUUAAUUGGCCUGAGAAGUUUUAGGAGCAGAUUGGCCUGAGAAGGACCAAAAGCAACAGGAGGUGAUCCUUAUUUUGUUCUUCAACUCUUCAGCCCUCUUCCUUCCAGUUGCAAAGAUGGAUCAGUUGUUGGCUGUGAAAAUUGGAUGCCUGGCAGGGGUGCUGCUCAUCACUCUUUUUUGCGGCCUCAUCCCAGCCCAGAUCAAGUGGUUCCACAUCAACAUGGCCAGAGGGAAACAUCGGCGCAUCCUCAGUUUUAUUGGCUGCUUCGCCGCUGGGGUCUUCCUCGGUGCCUGUAUAAUGCACAUGGUGGCCGAUGCACUGGGAGACAUUGAAGCAGAAAUAAGAAAAAGGCAGCACAUGGCCAGACAUAAAGAAAAUAGCACCUACACAGACACUGAUAAUGAUUCAGAGCUGUACCCAUAUGGAGAGCUCAUAAUUUCAUUGGGCUUCUUCCUGGUGUUUUUUAUCGAAAGCAUGGUGCUCCACUGUUGCCCUCAAGCUGUUCACUCGCAUGGCAGCCACGAAAAUCAUGAGGAUCACAAAGAGCUCCCACCUUCUCACAGUUCCUUCCGGGCAUUUAUACUUUUCCUGUCACUGUCCUUUCAUUCGGUCUUUGAAGGAGUCGCUAUUGGCGUGCAAAAGGAGACCACGGACACCAUCCAACUUUGCCUGGCCGUGCUCAUCCACAAAGCCAUCAUGAGCUUCAGCUUGUCUUUGAAGUUAGUGCAGAGUAGCACCAAGCUCCAGUGGAGGAUACUCUACCUGGUGGUCUUUGCUCUGAUGUCUCCUAUUGGUAUCAGCAUAGGCAUCGGUGUGUCUCUUUCCAAUGGGGAUGGGAGCGGUCUGGCUCAAGCUGUCCUCGAAGGGGUUUCAGCAGGAACUUUCCUCUAUGUCACAUUCCUGGAAAUUCUUCCUUACGAGCUGGGUUCUCAUGAAAGCCCUCUCACCAAGUUCCUUUUCAUCAGCCUAGGCUUCUCUAUCAUGGCUGUCAUUGCCAUUUGGGCAUGAAACUCAUGCUCAUGCUAAGGAACCUGGAAAACUUGCCUUCCAUCAACCGUCGUCGAUGCACGGACCUGUUCCUGUUUGUCUUCUCUGGCACUUUGUAUUGUGCCUAUUCAUGUUGCGUAUGCCAUUAUGCUUGCCUUGAGUGCCACGACAAAAAUGUAGCAAGGAGAGACACCUAUAACAAUCCUCCAAGGAAGUUCAAGAGAAAACUAGGCGAUCUAGAUAAAAAUAGUUGACUGUGACAUAUGUAAGACAUCAAAUGGAUUCAUUUUCACUUCUUGAGCUACCGAAAAGGCUGUAAUUCAGUCUUCUCAAUCAUUUGUCUUCCAUAAAACUGAAGACCAUAGAUUAAAACAAAACGUUAACAACAAAAACAUAAUGGAAGAAGCAGAGACUUCAGCAGUGGAGGUCAGUGAUGAAAAUGGUGUUGUGUUGUCUCAACACAAGUCCACCUUUAUCUACACAUGUCAUGCUGCUAGAUGGAUGCACGAAAGGGGCAUAGCUACUACUAUCAUAAUUCUGUGAAACAUUGAUUCCUGAGGACAUCUCUGGGAAGAAGUCAAUAAGUACCAUCUUAUUAUUGCUAAGUCCAUGAUUUGGCUGGGAAGAAUCUUUAAGGGUUGGGGAUGGGAUGUAAGUAAAAAAAUUGAAUGGCCCCUUCCUUUUUUAGGAAGUCAAAGAGAAGAUAGGCCAUUAUAGCUGGACUGAGAAAAGGAGAGAUAAUGGAAAUGUUAAUUCAAUAUACUUUGAAAAAUAACACAAAAAGAAUAUUCUGGUAACAAAACAAACAUUCUGUAAUUAAACAUAAGGACAUAA